UCAUUGGUCAAAUUUGAACCAAGAUUUUAAAAUAUAAUUAAUUUUAUAUUAAAUUUUAACAAAAGUUGUAAUAUCAUUAAUUUUUUAUUUCAUUAUGGCUGCGCCAAUGGAACGUAUUCAAGCACUGGAAUUAAUCGAAAAGGACAUAAUAACAUGUUUACAAAGCGCUGGUCAAGCACUAUUAGAACUUAGUAAAGAAAAAUCAAGUUUGAAACAAGUAGAGAACCAAUCACACCAGUUCUUAAAAAGUUUAGGUAAUGUUGAAUCAAAGCUAACUGAACAAAUAAAUUAUUUGACUCAAGUAUCUACUGGUCAGCCAUAUGAAAAUAGUGGGUAUGCAUCACAAAAAGUUCUCCAAAUGGCUUGGCAUCGUCUUGAACAUGCAAGAAGCAGGGUGAAAGAAUUGGAACGUUCUAAAAAUAAGUAUCUUCAGGAUCAAGAACAAUUAAAAGGAAAUGUCUCAAAUCUAUUAUAAUAUUUUGUUAUUGUAGACUUAAAAAUUAUUAAGGUGUAACUUAAAUUAAUUGUCAUAAAAACUAUGUGGAGUCAAAGUAAUUCAAUUAUAAGAAUGGAUUCCUUACUAUUGAUAAAAAAUUGUUUUUAAAGAUUAUAGAUGGGUAUUUAAUAGUUAAAUAUGUACAGGUAUCUACUAUUGAUUAAUAUUUUGUAAUUCUAAUUGCAAUACUGUAAAUUCAUUUAAGCUUAAAAUUAUUGUAAACUUUGUCAAGUUUAUACAUAUUUUAAUAAAAUGAAAAUUUAUUAUUUUUUAAACCAUAAUAUCUUUAAUCAUUGUAUAAACUUCCAAUCAAAAAGUUUCUGAGUUUAUAAUAAAAUCCAUUAAAGCUUUUCAUUCAUAAUGAAACGGGAUUUUCACCAUGCCGUUAUAUUUAGAGUUUAAUUCAACUUAUAAAUGGCAAAAUACAACAUGACACAACAAUGGCACUGAACACAUACUUUUAUGGGGUGGUUUACCCCUGUAUUUUAAAGAAUAUAUUUUAUUUUUUAAUGUAAGACACAUUGAUAUAAAUUGAUAAAAUAAAAAUACUAAAAAUGUAUGUUUAUUAAUAAUACUUGUAGGCUAUAGCAUUGAUAUUUUAGAUGUAUCAAUGUUAAGGAUUGAGGUAUGACAAAGCGAUAAAUUAGAAAUGUAUAAUCAUAAGAGAAUAAGACGUUACUCGUGAAUGGGUAAAAAUGUACUUAUUGGGAAAUGUAAAAAAUAAAUAAUAAUAACUAUGUAUUAAUUAAUACCUAACAGGUUAGGUUAUAGGAGUAAUAAAUUGCGAGUGUCUUUGUGAUGAUUUUAUAUAAUAUAAUAUAAUAAUGUGACCGAUCAUUAUUUUACUCUUAGUUAGUGGGUGGUGGUGGUAACUAAUUUUAUUACUUUGCCCCACCAAAUGAAGUACAAGUCAACACCACUGCGACACAAUAUAACAUAGUGUGUGAUUCAGGAUUUACCUACUUAUCUAAUUUUCAAGUCUUUUUCACAUUUAAAACUGUCUUAUCCAGAGUGAUACUUGACACAUAAAUACAGACUACGGUUAAUUAAAAAUUAUAAAUUAACCGUAAAUAAGGCCAUAGCGUAUAAAUGUAAUCUCUAUAUUCUGUUUUAAUAAAAGUAUAAUAAUGAAUUUUUUAUAAUUAUAUAUCUCUAUAAAGAUAGGAAAAAGUAGGUAUGAAGUAUUUUCUUCUGAUAUACUGAUUCUGAGAUAGUUUCUUGAACUUGAAAAAGAUUAUAAAUAUGUGGUUUAGACCUACUUGUAGGUAUCUAUCUCAUCAACUCAUUGUAUUUAUUGUGUUUAUUACUAAUCUUAAAAUUUGUUAAUUUUUACAUGGGCUAGCUUAUUAAUGAUUUAACUAUAGUUAAUAAUGUUAAUACUAAUAAUAGCUAUUAUA